GAAUUUCAAUUUUCCGCUACCCCUAUAAAUAAUGCAAUGGAUUUCAACCAAUUUCAAGAUGAGAUAAAUGCAGCAAUAUAUUAUAUUCCAUAAAAAAAAAAGUCUAUCUUCAUUUUAGUUUGAGAGCUAAUAAAGAUAAUAUAUAAAUUACUAUUAUAAUUUCUUAAAAAAAAGAAGAAUUUUUUUUUUUCCAAAGCAUCUAAUCAAAGCAAACAAAAAUCAGUGGCAGUUAAAUUUGAAUAAUAAUGGCAAUGAGGAAAAUUAAAUUUGAAGAAAAGUUCCAAAUUAAGAUCGGGGUGGCCGGUGAAUACCUACAAUUUAUCAAUAAAGUUCGUCAAAAUUUGGGAAACAUGAACGAAAAUAGUAAGGGAUCUUCACACACCUCUCCUGCACUCCCGGAUGUGAAAGCCUUGUUCGAUUUGAUAUUAAGUAUAGACAAAACUAGUCAAUCAGUCAGGUUUCGGUUUAGAACAGAAGAUAUCUACUUAAUUGGUUUUAAGAUGGAACCAAAUGGAAUUUGGUAUGCUUUCGAUGAUACCAAACAAUUGAUUCAAGGUUCACAAUCCCUUGGGUUUGAUAGUACCUACAAAGCCAAAAUCGUGAACAUGUCGAUUGGAUUUGAAAGCCUCAAACAAGCCAUAAUUAACCUAGCGACCGGAAAUGAUAGAAACGCUAGGCCACAUGAUUUGACCAUAGCGAUCAUGAUGACAUCUGAGUCAGUGAGAUUUAAGCCUGUAGCUGAGCUCAUGCAGUGUGCUUUGCACAAACACGACAAACCUCUCGUAAUCGAAUCUUGGGUUGAACAACUAGUUCAUAAUUGGGAAGAUCUUUGUGAAUUUGUGCAUUUGAGUAACAGCAAAAGUGGAGUUAAGAAUGAAGAAUUAAAAAAGAUUCAAAAACGUUUAGAAGAUAAACAUCUAAAAGUACCAUAUAAUUUUGAUAGGGAUCGCCCAGGUGAAAAAGAGACACAGCUUGUUGACUUGAAGAUUAUUCCUCCUAAAAUUAUAGAAAUAAUGGGCAUAAUGAUUAAGUUUAAAGAUGAAUAAUUAAUGCUUUGUUUGAUCAUAUAUAGUGGUUACUUUAUAUAUAUUUACUACAUGUUAAAUAAAUAAUUUGUACUUAAAUAAGAUGGGUCAUAUAUAUGUUAUAUUUACUUACAAGUACAUGUAUGUAUUGGUGUUGUUCUACUUAAUUUAAUAAUAAAAAAAAAUAAUGGUGUUUCCACUGAGU